AUGGCGGCGGCCUCUAGAUGCCUCAGUAGAGUCUUCAUACAUCAUCAGAGGCAUAGUCUUUCCAAGACGGCUUAUCAGACAUCUCUUUCUCCUUGUUUUGUAAAUGUUCAGGUGCCCAACAGACAUUUUGCUGCAGCUACAAAGCCUGCAAAGAAAACAAAGAAAGGUCCCAAAGAAAAAGCAUCAGAUGAAAAAAAAGAUGAAAUAGAAAAAAUAAAGUCAUACCCCUAUAUGGAAGGCGAGCCUGAAGAUGAUGUCUAUUUAAAACGCUUUUACCCAAGGCAGAUAUAUGAGGUGGAGAAAGCUGUUCACCUACUUAAGAAAUUUCAAAUUUUGGACUUCACUUAUCCAAAUCAAAGUGUUUAUCUUGAUUUAACACUGGAUAUGUCACUGCAGAAGAAGAAUGCAUCAGAGAUUAAAAUAGCAGAAGAAAAUGGAGCUGCAUUUGCAGGAGGAACUAAUCUGAUUCAGAAGAUUUUGGCUGAUGAAAUUCAUGCAGACUUUUAUGUAGCUGUUCCAGAAAUAAUGCCUGAACUUAAUCCACUAAGGAAGAAACUAAAAAAAAGAUUUCCAAAGCUUAUUCGAAAAUCCAUUGGCCGGGACAUCCCCAAAAUGCUUGAAUUAUUUAAAACCGGACAUGAAAUUGAGGUAGACGAAGAAAGGGAGAACUUUCUUCAGACCAAAAUAGCAACACUGGAAAUGUCAAGUGAUCAGAUAGCUGCCAAUCUGCAAGCUGUUGUCAAUGAUGUUUGUAGGCACAGACCACUAAGUUUGGGACCCUUUGUUGUACGUGCUUUCCUUCGUAGCUCAACAAGUGAAGGCUUGUUACUAAAAAUGGAGCCAUUCUUGCCUAAAGAAGGAGAAACCAAAGAAAGUAACAAAGAAGUUGCCUAA